AUGGACACGACCAACGCCCCUCAGAUCCUGGAGCACCUCAACCACAGCUGCUCCUUCACGCCCUACGCCUGCGACUGGAUUCCCGAUACCGCUCGCGGGGUCAUCUGUGGGGAGUAGCCGAAGACCACCGGAAUCAUCUAGAUCCUGCAGCUGAACCGGGGCGAGCUAAAGGUCCUGGACAAAAUAAACCUGAACCGAGGGGUGAAGUGCUGCACCUUCGCCUCCUCGCCAGCCACGCCCUGCCUCACCGUGGGUCAGCUCGACGGCAAACUCAAGAUCAUCGACAUGACCAAGGGCAAGCCCUUCUGGGAGGUUGAAGCGCACACAGGCGUGGUCAACGCCAUCGACGGGGUUGGGGAGGGGUGGGGCUUUGGCAUCAGCGAGAUCGUAUCUGCGGGGCGGGACGGGUGCGUUCGCGUCUGGGAUCCGAGGCAGAAGGCGCCAGGGCUGUCUCUGGAGCCUGCGGAGGAGGAAGUGGUAGCUGACUGCUGGUCAGUAGCUUUCGGCAACAGCCACAACCGGGAGGACAGGGUGCUGGCGGGCGGCUACGACAACGGCGAUGUCAAGCUGUUCGACUUGCGGGCAAGCCAGCUGAUGUGGGAGGUCAAUCUCAAAAACGGAGUGUGCGGGGUACAGUUCGACCGGAAGGACAUUCUCAUGAACAAGCUGGUGGCGACCACCCUUGAAGGUAAGGUUUCUGCCUUCGACUUGCGCACGUUCAACGCGGAGAGCGGGUAUGCCUUCUUGACGGAGCCUGCCCAGAAGGCCACCAUCUGGGGGGUGAAGCACGUCCCCCAGAACCGUGACCUUUAUCACGCAGGGGGCAACGGGGGCUUCAACAUUUACAAGUACAUCUACCCGUCCAACCGGCAGCUGAAGGACCCCGAGGGCAGGGCGCGCGGGGUGGCGGGCCGGCUAGAACUGCUGAACUCAAAGGACCUGUGCACGCAGCCGAUCAGCGACUUCAGCUGGCACCGCGAAAAGCUGGGCCUCGGACUGCUCUGCGCACUGGACCAGACCUGCAAGGUGGUCAUCGUCACCUCACCAAGCUGA